AUGAUUGACCAAGAGUUUCCACCAAGCUUAGAAAGUAUUGGUAAAAAAAAAAACUUAUCUUGGAAGUGUUUUAAUGAUUUUCCACUAUUUGUUGAAUAAAGUUCUUAGUUUCCAAAACAAGGAAAAUUAGGAAAUUGUUAUUGGAUUGCACCACUAGUUUCAGUGUAUGCAGCAAAGUAUUAUAUAUAAAUAUAGUAGGCCUUAACAAAUAAAAUCUCUUUUUGAAUCUCAUAACAAUGAGUUUACAUCAGUAAGAUUUUGCAUUGAUGGAGAAUGGCAAUUAAUCACAGUUGAUCAUCACUUUCCAUUCAAUGAAGAUAAAUAAAAAGUAGCCUACAGUAAAUUAGUUGAUGGAGCAAUAUGGGCAAUGAUAUUAGAAAAGGCAUGGGCAAAGUUAUAUGGUUCUUAUUAGCAAAUAAACGCUGGGUUCAAUAGGUAUUAUUUGUGAAAUAUCUUAAACUUAGAACUACAUUCAAAGUGUUAACUGGAGCUCCUACCAAUAAGUUUAGAGUAAAAGAUCCUAAUUUUAAGGAAAUCUUUUAUGAAAUAGGAGAUUUGCGUUUUCCAGUUGGUGCUAACAGUAAAAAAUAAUAAGAAGAUAAUAUAUUUGCGACAAAUCAUGCUUAUUCAGUUCUUAAAAUACAAGAAGAUUAGAUAGUUGUUCGAAAUCCUUGGGGCUUAAAGAAUAGAGAUCAACAUAUACUGACAUUGGAAGAAUUUAAGAAAAGAUUUGCAAGCAUAGAGUGUUGUUAUCAUUUUGAUGGAUAUUAAUAUUAAGGUGAAAAAGUCACAUCAGUUAUUUUGGAACCAGUUUAUUUUGAGAUAGAAAUAAAAGCUCCAGGAAAUUAUUUUUUUACAAUAAAUUAAAAAAAUAAAAGAUGGUUUCGUAAUAAACCACAUUUAAAAUAUGUUAUAUCUCCUUGUUAAAUUGAAAUGAUUUAUGGUGAUACCAUAAUGAAUUAGUAACACCAUAAAUCAAAUAAAGAAUUAUGGAUCAAUUGGAACUUUAGUAAACCUUGUAAAAUUUAUAUUAUUUGUAAAGUUGAGUGGUAGAAUAUAGAAGUGAAUGAAUUUAUUUUUAAUACUUAUGGACCAGAAUUUAGUCAAAAAAGAGUAAUGGAAAUUAUAAAAAACAAUGAAGAUUUUAAUAAUUUAGGAUCAAUACAAUUUGUAUAAAGAGACUCAGAGAAAGAGUAGGAAGAAGAGGAAAAGCAAAUUUAAAAUACAAAUGUGAAUUUUGAAUAGGUAGAUUAAAUAUAAAGAGUUCCAUCUCCACCCCAUUAGAAGGAACGUAAAAGUUGUGGGCAAUGUUCAAUAUAUUGA